AUGAGCAACUCAAGUGCCGCCGGGAGCGCAGGAGCCUCGCGUCGACUCUACGACAUCUGCUGCGAGACUUUUGAAAAGUUCAGAGCAGACUACCUCGACCUAGAGGGCCACGAAAUGAACUACGGUCUGAUUGCUGACCUCGGACCGCACUACAAAGGGCUCUUCAUUGCCGUCUUUGGGAGAGAGGAAUUCCAUCCCGAGCACGAAACGAUGGAGACGUUGACCAUACAAGGCUGUACAUACGACAUUCUCGGCACCAUCGUCGGCGGCCAGGCUUACUUCAGCUGCGAGAAAGAGAGACUAACCUCCUUCUUCACGACAUCCGGCCAGGCGAUGGUGAAUCCUGCGAGAGUGCACGACAAGAUCAAAGAUCGCAAGGCGGACGCUUUGGGUGCACUUGGACAGCAGCGCCAGGGCGAGAAGAAGGAUGCCAAGGCGGCGAAGAAGAUACGGCGCGAGGUAAAGGGUGUUCGGGAUUUGUGUGGAAUAUGGAGAGACUGACAGUGCUGCAGGCAGAACAAGCUGCGAGUCCGAGCCAGGCCAGUGGAGGCAACCAAGUCGACAGAAGCCAAGUAGGGGACGAGCUCAUGGAGGAGAAGCCGCUCUCCAAAAGCCAGAAGCGUAGAGCCAAGAAAACCCGUCCAGUACAGCGCCGCAAGCAAGAGGAACAGAAAAUGGCUGAACGAGAACAGCUCCAGGCAAUACAAGAGGCAGUAGAGGCAAGGCUGAGAGCGGAAGGUAAAGGCGACGCGGAGGUCACGGUAUACAAUGCAGCGACAGAAGAAGGGCGAGAGAGCAUCCGUCGACUCCAGGAAAGCGGAGAGGGCGCGCUCUUCAAGUUUGAGAUGCCAGAUUCAGAAUAUUGA